UUUUACUUUUAAUGUCAUGUUUGUUACGGCAGGAGAGAUAACGGUAUAUAAGUACAGCUCCGUUGCCAACACAAGUGAUUCUGCUAGCUAGCAUCGGCUAACGUUUGCUCAGACCAAAGAUGCAUUGUGGCAAGAUGUUGAACUGCUCAGUACUUCCGUGUUUGAGUUAACCGCCGCCUCCUGACCCGCCCGGCAGAAGUUUACUUCUGGUUUCUUUGAUAGCUGAGCGGGGUUUGGCUUUUAAAAUAUAUUUUAGCUGCUUAGGUUUAUUUGUUAGUCGUGUAUUAGCAUAUUUGAAGUAAUGCCAAGGUUGUGUUUCGUUGAGACAUAAUGUAGCGCUACUGUUGAGUAGCUGUAUUGUUUAGCAGUGGCUAACUUAAGCUAUGGUUAGUUCCUGUGUAGCACAUACGCUGUAUGAUUCAAAUGUAUUAACGCUAUAUUCAUUAAACAGACAUUUGAAGCAUUUUGCGCCUGGGCUACCUCGGGAAUAAGCUGUAGCAGCGGAUUGUUAUGUUGACUUUUCUAACGUCUUUGGGUGAAGUUUAGAAAAAACGGCUGGUAGGUUUAGACGUCGCGAAAUAACAUCAAACAACUCGAUAACUAAACACAAUCAGUCCAUUGUUUUUGUCAGAAGCUUGUCAGCUAACUGACUGAACAUGAAGAGAGCCAGAGGCGGCGGUGAUGAGGAAGCUCCCCGGCAGAAUGGCACCACAUCCCGCAGGAGAGGAGACCAACAGCAAGGUGAUGGGGAGGACGGUGGCAGUAGCUUCGACCCAACUGAACUGCAGGACGACGACAAUGAUCCGGGACUCAGGAGAGAGAUACGGAGCAAGUACAGAGACCUCAUCAACUCGGUGCAACAAAACAGAGAAGAUAUGCUGAGUCCCUCCAACAACAAGCUCACAGAAGUUUUAGAAGAGGCAAAUAAACUUUUUAAAGAUGUCCGGCAGGCAAGAGAAGCAGCUCUGGAUGCCCAGCUCCUUGUUGUGGCCACAGACCUCGGAAAGGAGAAAGCCAGCCAACUUUUCUCCGAGGGCACGGCUUUCGAUCCCACUGCUUUUGCUGAGAAUCUUCUGUCUUUCAUGGGUCUCAACCGACUAGAAGACGGCGAGAACGAGCAGCAGAACGGAGAUGCACUUGAUGGCUACCUGCCCCAGGAUGCUUGGCACAGAGUGGCCAGGAGAGCAGAGUGCUGCUUCAGGACAGCACCCUCCUUCCACUACAUGAUGGGUUCCUUUCAUGCAGAGCCGCCUCCUCCAAAACAAAAGAUUGAACGGCUAAGGAAGCAACCGAACAAGGAACUGAAAAGGAUAAUGCCUACUCAGCUGAAGAGAAUGGAAGACUCCCAUCAGGAAGCGACUGAGAAAGAGGUGGAGAGGAUCCUGGGAUACCUGAAGAGCUAUUACCAAGACGAUCCAACAUCACCGAUAUCGUAUUACGAGUUCGUCAUCGACCCCAAAUCGUUUUCCCGGACAGUAGAGAAUAUUUUCCACACGUCUUUCCUAAUCAGGGAUGGGUUGGCACGGAUGUAUCUGGAUAGUGGCAAAUUGCCAUGUAUAGCACCUGUAGAGGAGGGAGAGGUGGAAGCUGGAGGAUCAUACAGCCGUAAGCAGUGCAUCGUCUCCAUCAGUCCAAAGACGUGGAGGGAGCUCAUAGAAGCCUUCGACAUCAGAGACACAUUGAUUCAGCCUCCGAACACGCAGAAUGAGUGACAGACCCUGUCACUUUUUGGCAGCUGAAACUGAACCAUGUUUUUAGGUGUGUUAAUGUUUUUUAUUUCUGAAUAAUAAAAACAAAUAGUUAAAAAUUUGCUGAGGCCAAAUUCCAGUGUAGGUCACUCAUGUAAACACAUAUCAUAGUGACUUAGGAUCCUAAUUACUCGAUUGUACAUUAUUUUUGUAAUUUUUACUGUUUUUAGAAGUUUGAAUAAAAGAGACAAAAAAGA